AGAGAGUUGAGGAAAAAGAAACAUGGAGGACUUUCUGGCAACUGUGCGAUCAAUUUCUGCUGACAAAAAUUAUGUUCAGCUGGCAGAUUUUUUAAACAGAUCUAAUGAGUUACUUGCGAAGUAUGCAGGUCAAAUUGACGCUGCCAUCGCAUCUCUUGAUCCAGAUCAACAUACGCUGGCUUUUAUGGCACUUUUGUAAGAUACACGACAAGUUUUCCUCGCUGCAUAAGAUUAGCUUAUAUUUCAUGCUUAACUUUGGUACCGUUUUUUGUUUUUUUUCCUGAGACCAUUUUAACUGAAGAAUUUCUUAAAUGUCUUCUUUAGGUUGGUCAAAUUGUCGUUGCCAAAUUAUGGAGAUUUUGAGUUACUGUUUAGUCAGAUUCAACAGUUUAUAACAGUUUGUUCCAAGGAACAAAUUCAGUUUGCUGGGGAAAAGUGUAAGUUUCUGGUAAAUGUUCAAUGUGCUUUUUUCUCAAUAUUAAUUUUAAUUUCAAAGUCAAAAUAUUUGUUCUUUCCAUUUUUCUAGUCGCUCAUAUUUGUCACUUCAUAACACAAUGCCUGGUGGACCUUAAACAGGUAUGCAUGUUCAUUCUUUGAUUUCAACGCCAAAUUUAUGUGUUACAUAUCAGCAGUAACCAUUAAAAGCUGUAUAAAAACAUUUUUGCAUAAUGUUCAGAGAUGUCAAGACCAUGCUGUGUUGAAGGGUCAUAACAUCUCCUCAACAAGUAAGAUGUAUAAGAUGAGUUUGAGUUAAAGGCCAUUUACAUGGAUUUCAUGGAUGUCAUGUAUGUCAUUGUACAAUAAUUUGUUGCAGGACAAGAUCAGCACGGCUAAUUCGGGGGUAAGGGGUAGGGGAUAAGGGGUAGGCUAAUUCGGGGGUAAGGGGUAGGGGAUAAGGGGUAGGGGUAAGUGGUAAAAAUCAUACUGUAAACAUUGGCAACAUUAGCAAUGUUUUUUCUAGAAGCUAUGUGGCCCACCACCCUUAUAAACAGCCCUUGAUACAAGGUGGAAGGUACAUUAUUGAUAUGACAUGGUAACAUGUCAAUAAUAUAAUCUUGUUUGGUAUAUAAAAGUGGGCUAGCUCUCAGAGUAAGCAUCACCCAGCACGCAGUGCUUUAUUAAUGCAUAACUUAUGUGUAUUGGGCGAUUCCAGAAAAUAUCCAUACCAUACCACGGACGGCUUUAAGGAUUUCCGAAGGGGAGGGGGGAUUCACGAUUAUGGAAUUCUGAAGGCAUGGGGGGGUAUUUACGAUUUGAAAUCCGAAGGUAUGGGGGAAUUCCACAGGUGGGAUUUCUGGAGUAGAAAGUGUAGAGUAAGUUCCUGGAAAACGCUAUUGUUGUGGACUUUUGUAGUUCAGAAAAUAAACCACGAACGUAUGACCGCUGAAAGCAGAAGACAAGCAUCGAUAGAUCAGACACGUGUUUACGCUCAUAACUUAUAGAAGUGAACAGUAAAACGUUGGUUUCACAUUUACCUUGAUGAAUUUCUUGUCACGUGAAUAAAAACUGAAAAUGUAUCUUUUAAUACCGCUUGCAAAUUUCUUGUUACUCCCGUCCGAAACCGUCCGAUAAACAGUAAAAACUCGCACCAGUCCCUCACUUCCAAGGAACGCCUGUCAGAUUAGAACGCUUUUAAAUGCGCACUACAUGACGUAUAAAAGGACGCAACACAACUCGACGGUAUAUUUGACCCUCAAAAGAUUUUAACAGUCUGUUUGAGCUAUUUUCCUUUGUAAACGUCAAAACAGCACAAGAAAACAAAGAGGAGUAAAAUUACCUUAAGUGGUGUUUAUUUUUAUAGCCAAAUUCGGACUUAAAAAGGAGUUUGCACGGCCUGGCAACUAGCGUAGGUUUUUCUUGUCACUGAAGAGUAAAGCUUGUCACCUGGCGCCGCUAGAUCACAGCCUUGAGGAGGCAUAAAUUCAUGUUCGUUUGUUCUUAUAGGCGUUGCUAAGUCGAAAAUGUUCUUCCAAAAAAAAAACAGAAAUUCUGAAGGGGAGGGGGGGUUCACGACUAUGGAAUUCUGAGGGCAUGGGGGGGUAGCGCAUUUUGGAAUUUCCGAAGGCAAGGGGGGGUUAAAACAUGGAAGCCGUCCGUGGUUGGGUAUGGAUAUUUUCUGGAAUUGCCCAUUAUAGCACAAACCUUAAGAUAGAAACCUUUGCUCAUUCAAAUAGUUUGCACUGAAAUUAAGUUCACUUUAUAAUAGCUUAUGGCUUUUUUUGUUGGAUUCUUACUGGUCUUACUUUAAAUGGAGACUGACUUUGUAUCACAGUGUUUCAAUCAAGUCACCAAAUAUAGUGUUCUCCUUAUCAGGCGGUAACUGGUAAAAUUUACUGCCUGAAGCAACAUUUUUUACCGCCUAUAACCGCAUGAAGGUUUACUAAAAUUAAAUAAGUAGUUUUAAAAAAUGCUUAAGUUGUGAUCCAAUCCGAUCAAGGAAAUGAAUGAAUAUAUGGAAGAGUACUAAUAAAAGUGUACACAGCUUUUCUUUUUAUGAGAACAGUGAAGACAGAGUAGAAUUAAAAUUAUUGUCUUAAGAUAACAUUUGGCCGAUUUGUGUAAAAUAGGUCGUAAAAUGAGGGAAUGACGUUUCAGAGAACUUAGCUCAUAAAUUUUCCAGGGCCAUGUCUCUUACUCCACUACCCCCUCCCCCCUCCACCCCCCACUAGAAAAGUGUGCCUCUGGGGCAUAUUUUUUGCCUUACCGGCCAUGAAUGGUCCCUUACCUGCUGAGCUAAAAUUUAGGGAGAACACUGCCAAAUAGUGUCCAUUAUCUGUAUUAACUGGUAUCUUUAUUAAUCAACUACUGUAGGGCAAGGCAAAAUAUAUGAAAUAUACAUGGAACAAGGAAAACCUCCUGCUGCAAGCAGUGUUUGUAUAAAGCAGUUGUCCAUACAGGAGGGUUGCACUCAGUUUCUUAAGGUUUUGUUUUUCCACUAUUUUUCGCAGCCAAUGCGAGGGAUAAGAAUGAUGUGUGUUGCUAUACAAAAAGCUCAACAGUCUUCAACUCAACUCACAUCAAUUCACACAGAUCUUACACAGGUAACAGAAUUUGUGAGUGUUUGCAUGGUUUGGUUCAAGAAAUCAUAUGCAGCUGUUUCGAGAAAGGUUGUUGGAAAAAGUGCACGCGACAAUCCCAAAAGGUAUUGUGGGUGGUUUAAGUCUGCGCUGUUCUCCAAAGAAAUUUGAAAGAAAGGCAUGAGAGGCCACCGACAAAUGUCGGCGAGUGCUAAUGAAAAGCAACAAAAGUAGGUUCGACAGCUACAGUCGUUAGGAACAGUGUAUUAAUCAUAUCCCAUAUUACUUUUCAUUACUUGUCCCCUGCACAUUUUUCCAACAACCCUUUCUCACAAUAGCUGUAUACAUGUAAGAAAGUCUGGAGAGCUAACUCUUCAGCCUGCAGGCAAAACAGGGCUACAAAUAACUUUUGUCUUUAGAAAGGACAUCUGUCCUGACCAGGUCAUCCUAGUCAUAUCAAAUAGUUUGUUGACCACACAUAAUAAACUAUGCAGAUCUUAAAUGCCAAAAUGAUAAUCUUUGGUAGUAUUGAUCUGUCUAGUCAUCAUUUCCAACUGUAGUGAAGACUUUGUUGGACAAUAGACAUGGUUAAGUCAUUGUCUUGAUGACUAACUGUUAUUUGCGGCUCUGCAAAAUUAUUUUAGUUUAGUCAGCUUAAUGGACUGAAGUUGACUAACUAAUUAUAAGUGUGUACCCUUGAAUGCAUGGUGUACACACCAUGCACUGUAGGUUGUUAGAGGACAUUUUGAACUUGCGAACGUUUUUGGUGACCUGCUUAACAUUAUUGAUGGCUUAUUGUAUGUCUCUCUUCUCAAUGACAGGGGCACCAUGCAGCUCUUUAUUAGACCUCACAGUAUUGGCUGUGAAAACAAUAGACAUAGAAAUAUAAUAAUAACUCUAUCUCUAAAAUUAUGGAGCUGCAUGUUAUGGAGAACCAAUGAAAUUAGAGGUUUUUAAGAGCUGCAUACUAACUGCACUGACAUGGGUCUUUUCAAAUAAAGGAGUGAAGAUUUUAACACUUCAUUUGUAUAAGUGUUUCUGAUGCAAGAUUAAUGAAGUUAAAUGAAAUUUAAUACCGUUAACAACAAGGAGCACAGUCUCUUGUUGUCGGUCAGUGGGUCAGUGUGGUGGUGCAAGCGUAAUCGGCCUUGUUGGCAUUAACUCCAUGUGUUUAGUACAAUGCUUUCAUGGCACUUUCUGGAUUUGUUUAGCCUUUGGAUUGUGCCUUCCCUCCCUUUAUUUUUCACCGAUAUAUCAGUGUGACAGGUGCCUGGUUUCAUUGGCAUGGGGGCUCACGGCUGGAAGGCGUGGGUUUACCAGCCAUGGGGGCAUAACUCUGUCUUGGAGGCUGGCUUUGCCUAUAGUGGAAGGUCCUGGACAUCCCGGGCACCCAGCUCCACUUAGCUAUGCAGUUGUUGAUUGAGUAUUAAAAUGGUCAUUUUUCACUUUCAACAGCUUUGUUUACUUGCCAAAUGUCUGAGGCCAGCCUUGCCAUUCCUAGAUACCGAUAUAACAGACAUACAUAAAGAGGUGUGUUUUAUUCUAGCAUGCUGAUAAGCAGCAUAAAAAAAUAAUCAAACCUCCACAAGUGAAUGAACAUGUACUAGUCAAUUAAUGCUCAACACCUCCUUAAAAGCUGAAAAGCUGUUUCUCAUUCUUCAGAAAGCCCUCAUAGACCUCCUUCCAAACAGGUAUCUUAUAGCAGAAAUCUUCCUGAUAUUCCUUUUAUCAGGCUUUAGUGUGCAUUUCAGCUCUCCAGCAGGAAGCUCAACAUUAAUCUGGCACCCCUACUCAAUAGACAUUGCACAGGAGUUGCCUCCUGUGACACUGGCCUGUUCACUUGGUAUUAAUUUGAAAUGAAUUGAAUUAAUUUUACAAAAAAUAUUCCUCAACUCCAUUGAACAAUUUGUUGACAGUUUGGCACAGCUUUCAGAACCCAUCAGGAUCCCUUCAUUGGUGAUGAUGUUUGCUGUUAUUUGCAGCCUCGUAUUAAUUUUGUUGUAGAAUUUCAUUAUUUGGUACGUUUGUCACCAUACAGUGUACAUCUUUUGUUUUUUCUUUAGGGUGGAAAAUAUGAUGCCAAAGCACUGCUUGGAUAUUGUUAUUAUGGUGGAAUGAUCUACACUGCUCUAAAGAAGUUUGAGAAAGCAUUGUACUUUUUUGAAGUGGUACGCGUGUUAGAUCAGUAAUACUAUCUUGUAUAUGUACAGUAGGUCUUUUGUUUUCUUUGAGACAACCUAGUGAAAAUCCUUUAUUUCAUACUCUGUAAGUAUAGAUUAAGAAACUGAGGAGUAAUGUGCAUUAGAACAACAGAUAUUUUUUUAUUUAUAGGCUGUGACAUGCCCAGCUGUGGAUGUGAGCCAUAUCAUGUUGGAAGCUUACAAAAAGUUUAUUCUAGUGUCUCUGAUCCUUCAUGGAAAGGUGAGACUUACUUCUAUACCAAUAAAGUGUCUUAAGGGUUGUACAAAGUAUCUUUCCAGAAGUUAGCAAUAAUAUUUUUACAUAGAACAGAUUACUCAGUUGGGCCCGAUCUUCAAGCUGACUUCUUCAACUUGUAUAUUGUGUUAGGUUUUGAUUAUCAUGGCUAUCUCAUGCUCAUGCCUGUUUUCUGAUUGAACAAGAUCAUGUCACCAGUCAGGUGUCAAAACAUACUAACUUCUGUUAGGGCAAACAGCAAACAAAGAUCACUAACCAUGUCCCUAGGGGAUUACACUGGAUCAUGUACCUUGAAACCAUGGAAAAUCUAUGCCACUCAUGCCAAACAAAUUAUUGUUAUUUUUUUGCAGUCAUGGCUGACCCACUAAUCUUGUAGUUAAAUGUAAAGAAGAUCAUUUUUUUAAAAUAAUUGUAAAUUGAGUCAGAAGGUAUAAUAAAACUCACCUUGGGGGACAAUGAUUGUCUGGGGGAACAAACAAAACUCAUUGUUUUCCCGUAGGCUAGACAUCAAUUUCUUAUUGACUGAUUCAUUUUAAUUUUGUGUAUAUUUUAACAAUCAUUUUACCUCAACAGAUAAUCGAUCUUCCAAAAUAUACCUCACAUGUCAUCAUGAGAUUCCUGAAGGUAAGAUUAGAAAGAAAUAAUUAAUAACAGAUAGUAUUCACAUGGAUUAUUGCAUCCAAGAAUUAAAGUUUCUAAGAAACCAUGUUUUUAAAAGUUUAUGUAAAAAAAUUGUGUGGUGUUAGUAACAACUCCUGGAAUAAAACGUGUCUCACAAUGACUUGGGUUCAUUGCAGCAAACAUUGCACAAACUAGAAUCAAGUUCUACUUCUUGCAACAACUGCAGUAAUACUGGAACUAAUUUUUCACUUGUUGUGACAAAAGUUACAAGAAAUUUUAUGCUAGGCAAUGUCUUAUGUAACAUUUCUUGCAACAACAGACCCACAAGGCAAAAGCGACAAGUUGCCAAAAAUUUCCCAAAUGUAGUGCAACUGUUGCUUUCAAAGCCUUUAUUUUAUUGACAUUGACUGUACAGAAAAAGCUAAGGCAAACUUGCUUUAUUUUGUAAAGUUACUGUAUGUGUAAAGCCUUACAUCUGCCAAAUGGUUGAAAAUGCAUUUGCAGCUUAACUGCCAUCCAGAAUUUUGUAAUUUCUUAGAUCUUGUUUUCAUUUCAGCCUCUGAGUGGUGCAUAUCAUGAACUUGCAGGAAGUUACACAUCAAACAACCCCAAUGAAGUGCGAGCAGUAGCCACUAAAAAUGAGGAGACAUUUAGAACUGUAAGUUGAUGUGUAAGUUGAUCCAUUGAUCUUUGAACGGUUCUGUCAAUUUACUGAGAUGUUUUUUUAUUGACAGGACAACAAUGUUGGCCUGGUCAAGCAAGUUGUCAGCUCACUAUACAAGAAAAACAUACUCAGACUUACAAAGGUACAGUACUUAUAUAGCCACUGUGUAGUCAAAUUCUAUUGCAAGUUAUCUGAUGGUCCUUAAAAAUAAUGUGAAAGAAAUAAUAAUACUAUUGAUCCAAUAUCUUACCUAUGGACAGUACAGUACUCACAGUAUGUUGCAACACAAUGCAAUGAAAUACUCCUUUUGACAAGGGUUGCAGAUUUCAGUGUGAAACCUUCAUUUUCAGAAACAAGAUGCUCAAAUUUGUAAACUGAAGCUGUAUCUGUUUGUACACGUGACUUAUCUAUUUGUUUUCUUGUAGACAUUUUUGACCCUGUCCUUAGCAGACAUGGCUAACAGAGUACAACUAAGCAGCCCAAGAGAAGCUGAGCAGUACAUAUUAAACAUGGUUUGUUGUGAUAAUGGAGUAUAAUACCGUUAAAUCUGUUACUCCUGUUAUUGCACCUACAUAAAGUUGAGUAGUGGGUAUAACAAGAACUGACUUAGCUGACAGGGAUGUUCUGAAACUUAAGUGGAGGUGACAAAUUCAUAAUUAUAUUGUUAUGGUAACAGAGCUUCAACUCACUUAUGGCCUUAUGCCUGUGGACAAAAUAAUAUCAAACAGGGCUGGGUUGUUUAAAGCUGGGUUAAGAUAACCCAGGGUUAGUGCAAAAUUUGAACUCAGAUAUGAGAGUAAAUUUAGCUUGCGUAGCAAGCGUUUCCGUGCUGUUUCGGAGCAAAGGAACGAGAUUCUCGGUUUUGGCCGCGCGAGAAAUGAAACGAGAGGCAAAAAAUGAAAGAGGGGGGAGGGGGAGGGGAAGGAAGGUCCCCACCCCCUCCCCGCUUACUCGCGCCAUUUUUCGCGCGGUCCUUGCUCGGAAACAGCACGGAAACGCUUGCUACGCAGGCUAGAGAAAAUUCAGUUUAAUUCUCUUUGCCUACAAUUUGAUGAUUGGAUACUCUGAAAAGAAUAGAGAAAAUUAUCCAAGAGAGUGCUUUUGAUAAAAAGAUAAAGAAUCCCGCGUUAAAAUUUAACCCUGGGUUAACGCUAACCGGUGUUCCAACAACUGGGCCCAGAUUAAUACCAUAAAAUUGGAAUAGUACGGUAUGCUUUUUCAAGUCAAAAAAAUAUGCAUGAAAUGCCUGACCACUUCUGAUUACCAGUUCUCCACGCUUAAAGUCCUUCCUUACUUACUUUUUGUGUGAAAAGUGUGAAACUGUCAUGCACUUUAUAGUCCCAUCACUUGAUAUAUUGUAUGUAAAAAAGCAAGUUUGAAUACAUAUCAAAUAUGAUAUCUUAGGGUUUCUUGAGGUCUCUUGGCCACUUAUUAUAUGCUACUUUUAAUCUCAUUUAACGUAUGUGUGGUGUAAAGAAAAGAUUGAGUUGAACUAUUGCUCUCGUGGCGAGAUUCUAUUAAAUAAAAAAGGAACGAGGCAAUAAAACAAAAAUGCUGUAGACCAGUUAAGUUAUUUUAAUAAUAAGUAUAAUAUGUGCAUUGCCAGUUGAAGUCUUUUUGGUCUGUUUCUUAUUUAAUUUAGAUAGAAGAUGGAGAUAUUUAUGCCAGCAUUAAUCAGCGCGAUGGAAUGGUUUCUUUUCACCAAAAUCCUGAAAAAUAUAAUAAUCCAAAGAUGUUAAAGAAGUUAGACAGGGAGGUAUGUUAACCUCACGAAAUAAGAAAUAUACCGGUAGGUUUAGGUUUAUAGUCGUCUCAUGGUUUGUUUACAACUGAAACUCUUGUUGGGGUAUCCUGUCACAUCGCCUGCAACUAAUGACUUAAAUAAUUGACGCAGUCUACUUACCAAGGAUGAGACAAAAACCCCGUGGCUUGACUCUCUUGGGGAAAGCAGAUGAUGGUACGCUAAAAAAAAACUGCCACAACUACCACACCAACAAUAGAAAAGGAAUGGAAGGAAUAGCUUCCUACCGACGCCAACACGUGCAUUAGAUGCUUAAUCGUCCCACAGCUGAAUCUGAGGGCACUUACCAUUGGUCAGAACGGUUAUGCAGUCGAGGCCCGGGGGACGGGGGGUACCCAACAAAUGUUUAUACGGGGAAGCUCCGCCCCGAGGCCCAAACCCUUACCCUUUUAUAUACCAUUUUUUACGAAAAAGGUACCCCUUUCGUAUACCUUUAUUGACAAAUGGCACCCCUUUCACAUACCUUCUUUAACACUUUGAAUCCCUUUUAACUGCAGCUGUAAAUGCACUGUCCUUUAAAUAGGAAUCAUUCACAAAAAUAGAAUGGUUUCUCGACUUUAUAAAGCCGUAAAUUUCAUCUGUUAGCCCUUUUGGGCCCUUUCACAAACCCAAAUGACAGAUUUCCCUCCCCUUUAUAAUUAUACUUAAUUAGUGAAAUCCCUACCCCUUCAUAUGCCUGAAGCCUGAAAAAGAUACCCCUUUCGGGCAGAGCCUCCCCGUAUAGUCCAUCAUAGGGAGUACGCCCUUAUGUUGAGGUGUGAGUAGCUCCACGUACUUGGCUUAAAGAACGAAGAAUAUUCACCCAAAAUGUUUCCCUUGUUCUCGUGCAAACUAUACUUGAAAUGAACGAAAUUUUUUGUGCGAUUUCACUGCUUGAGUUUGUAUCGAAACGCCCGGUUUCCGUCAGAACUGGGCGGCGAGAUCAAUACAGGUUAAAGAGAAUUCCACUUGUCUAUUAAUCAUAGCUGGCCAUCCAGAUCAAUCGUAAGCAAUAAUUAUAAUGUCAUUCAUAUUCUUGAAGUGGAUCACCACACUUACCUUACUGACAGAGCAUUAAUAGUUUUCUUUUUUUGUUGUUAUUGUUAGAUGCGACUAUUUCAGCAUCUCGAUGAAAAGCUGCAACAUAUGGACCGUGAACUUGCCACCAAUCUUCAAUACGUACAAAAGGUAAGUUACUAUAAUACUGAUAGUAAUAGUCGCUCCCCUGGAUUACAAGAUGAGUUAAGCGUCAAAUGCGUAAAUGGUACCCUCUUCUUAAAAAAGCAAGGCGCACGGGUGACAAAGACUCACCAGCGUGGCUUGAAUAUCGCUGCCAAAGAAACAAAGUGGUGAAAUUACUUAAGACCACCCACAAUGACUAUCUUAAUAAUGUGAUUGGGGGAAGCCUACAGGAAAAUACCAAAUGAUUUUGGAGCUAUAUCAAGCGCUUGUGGUCUGAGAACUUUGGCAUACCUAUAUUGCGCCAAGGACGCUCAAUAUUUAUCUCUGACAAAGAUAAUGCAGAAGCCUUAAGAGACUAUUUUCAAAGUGUGUUCACCAAAGACAACGGCUUGCUUCCUGCCUUCUCCCCAUCCACUCUUGCUUAUAUUAAUAACAUACGGGACAUUGUGUUUUCCCCCAAUGGUGUUCUCAAACAACUUGCCUCAUUAAAUCCAUCGAAGUCAGCUGGCCUAGAUGGUAUCUCACCACGCUGCCUACGUGACCUAUCCGCUGAGAUUUCAAGCAUUUUGACAUUCAUUUUCUAACAAGGCUAUGACACAGGCACCUUACCAAACGACUGGUUUUAACAGCUAUGGUUGUUCCUGUCCACAAGAAAUUAAGCAAGGAAAACCCAGCUAAUUAUCGACGCAUAUCCCUUACGUGCCUCUGCAGUAAGGUGAUGGAACAUAUUGUGCUUAGCAACCUGAAUAAACAUCUGUCUGAAAAUAAUAUCUUUGUCUCAUCUGCAAUCUGGCUUCCGGGCCAACACCUUAAAUCAGCAUUGCGAAGUUGAUGCCCUUCUGCUGGAUUUCUCGAAGGCUUUCGACAAAGUCUCCCAUACUAAAUUACUACACAAGUUAGCCCACUGCGGCAUUAAUGGAAAGACGCAAGUUUCAAGUUUAAGUUUCAAGUUUAUUAAGAAAAAUUGAGAAAAUACAAAAUAUGAUGUACCACUGCUCGCAGUUAGCUAUAGCUAUUCGAGGCGAGCAGUGGCUUGACACUAAGUAGAAUAAUUACAAUAACAAUCAAUUAAAAUACUAAGUAGAAUUAAUUAUUAUCGUACAAUACAUUAAAAUAAGCUGAAUACUAAAUACAAAGUGAAUAAUUACAAUUACAAUACAAUUACAAUACUAAAUAGAAUUAAUUAUUAUCGCACAAUACAUUAAAAUAAGCUGAAUACUAAAUACAAAGUGAAUAAUUACAAUUACAAUACAAUACAAUUACAAUACUAAGUAAAAUUAAUUAUUAUCGUACAAUACAUCAAAAUAAGGUGAAUACUGAAUACUGACUAGUAUUAAUAACAUUUGGGAAAAAAACGAAGAUUCUCAGGAGAAAUAAGGCAGAUUACAUGGGAAGCUGGAAGGAUAAUGUAGAUAGAAAGCUAAUAGAAUGAACUGAGUUUAGUUUUCAAGACAUAUUCAAAUCCAAUAGAUCAAUAUACUCAUUCGCCUCCGAGAGUUUCUAAAGGAGCAUAAUUAUUGUGAAUGUUGCGUUUAAAUUUCACUUUAGGCAUUUGACGAAUUUCAUUAGAUAGGUUAUUCCAGACUCUAACACCGUUUCUUGAAAGAGACAUGUUUAGCUUGUCUAAUCUAGAGUAUUCGAGAAAGAAGUUGCCUCUUGUUGAUGAUCUUGUGUUAUGUGAAUGAAUAUUAUGUUGGUAAUUAAAUGAAUUACUUAUUUGAGGUGGCGAUGUGUUAUUUGAGACGUCAUACAUUAAGACGGCAACUGACUUGAAGUAAAGAAGGUCUAGAGGUAGUAGACUGGAUGAAAUGAAGAAGGGUACUGCGUGAGCUUUAUAAUCACCAAAAAACAUGAGGCGAAGGGCACGUUUCUGAAGACAUAGGAUUUUGUUUCUGUGGAUUUUGUCUGCUCGGCCUCACGCUGUUAUGCCAUAUAACAAAUAGGGUUGAAUCAGCGAUCUGUAUAUAUGUUGUAAAGUAUUAAGUGGUACGAAAUGUCUUAGCCUAGCAAUAAUGCCAAUCGAUGUGCUUAUUUUAGAGGCUAUAUGUAAAAUAUGAUGUUUCCAAGAGAGGUUCUCAUCAAUAAGCACGCCUAGAUAUUUAACAUAACUUUUACGUUCCAAAGAUGUGUAAGAGUUGGUAUGAUGGUUGAAUAUUUUUAAAUUAACUUCGUAUUUGACAUUUUUUUUGUCUUGGUCGAAAAAUAACGUAAUUAGAUUUUUUAAUGUUUAGAGAUAAUUUGUUUGCUAUUAGCGAGUCGUAAAGCUUACAGAGCUCAUCGUUUACCGUAGAUUCCAGGGAUUUUAGGUUUUUAUCUGAAUAUAAAAGAUUCGUAUCAUCUGCGAAUAGGUAAAACUUCAUUCGGUUACAACUGUUACAAAUAUCAUUUAUAUAAACGCUUGCUUGGAUUGCUGCUUUUCUCCUUAAUCGUACCCAAUUUGUGGUCGUAAACGGCACUCAUUCAACCACUACUCCUGUUACCUCUUGUGUUCCACAGGGCUUCGUUUUGGGUCCGACUCUCUUCUUAUUGUUCAUAAAUGAUAUCACCCAAGUAACAAAUUCACAAUUACGUCUUUUCGCUGAUGACACUUUGCUUUACAGGACCAUUAAUUCCCUACAUGACCAUCAAGUGCUCCGGGAAGAUUUACUUAACGUAACUAAAUGGGCUUCUGAUUGGCAGAUGGACUUUAAGCGCCUUGAACAUAGGAUAAGAGCGCUAUAGAAAUAAAGUUAUUAUUAUUAUUAAGUGCCAUAUACUUUGUAUUACAAAGAAACGGAAACCCUCCAACUUCAUAUUAUACUGCAAGUUCUGAUGCAUUAACAAAAGUCCCUGAAUGCGACUAUCUGGGAGUUACGUGCACCGAAACCCGUCGCUGGGAUGCUCACUCACUGCUCUAAAACAGCUGCAAAGGCAAAUAAGUCCCUUGGUCUUAUUAGAAGAUCACUGAAACCAUGCAGCGCAGAGGUUAAAGAGAGAGCUUGUAUAUAGCACUAACGCUAGUGGGGCCGAGCAAAUGCUUGAAACAAAUAAUUCAAACUGCACUUAACAGGGUUAAGAAUCCCAACUGGCCUAGGGAGGCAAACCAGCUGACUACUUACAAACAUGGCCAAGGAUUUGAACUCGGGACUACUGUGAACAAAUCCAGCUCGCGGUCAGAGCAGGACUUGAACUCGGGACCUCUGGGUUACAAGUCCAGCGCUCUAACCACUUGGCCACGCUACCUCCUAUAAUAACUAAAAAGCUCACUUGCUGAAAAUGUUGAUUUGUUUCUUAAUUAAUAAAUUUAAGUAGUUAUUUAAAAGUAAUUUAGGUAUUAUUUCUGUUUUUGCAGACUAUGGGAGCUAACGCCGAGGAAGAUGCUGGGAUUGGGCGGAUGAGAGAUGAAGUGUUGAUGUAAAAAAGUUCGAAAAGCCUGCACGACAUGUGGAAAUUCAACUUUGCUUUAGACUGUUCACAGUCCCCUAUUUUUACGUGAGAUCGUUGAGAUAUACCGCGUCUUACCGUCACGGCUAUCUUGAUUUUCAAAUGUACCGAGGGGACGGGCGUCGGGGAUUAUAGCUCGGGGGGCUCGUAAAGCUCUCGAUCUCGAUGAUCUUACGGAAAAAAAGAGGACUGUGAACAGUGUAACUUUGCUCCUACGAAUAGGGCUUUAAAUUAUCAGUUCUUUAACGUUGAGAAAAAAGGCGACAAAAGGAAGAAACAAAUGUUCAAGCUGUUUGGUGAAACCCAUGUACAGUAACUCCGACACCAAACAGUUUCUGUCAAUGUCACAACAAACAUUGUUUGAAGAGUUUUAGUGAAGACUGUAAAAAGGUUCAAAAUGCUAGAAUUAAAAUUGACGUAUGUUGUG